AUGGUACGCGCUACUCUACCUCCUCAUAGUCAGGAGCAAACCCGUUGUCUGAGCUCUGUCUCCGAUGGCAACAAGCCGUUUCCGCCACGCCUCCGCAUCCCGGACUCACACAAUGCGUAUUCCAUCCCCCUCGACAAUGGUGGCUAUCUGCAUCAACCCCACUUUCAAGAUGCCACCGCGGCCGAGAAAGGCUUCGCGGACCUGAUGGGCACUCAAUCGGACCACAGGCUUCUCAGCAGUUCCCAACUGCCUCCGUCAUUCUCAGGGUCCAUGCCCAGUGGUGGUCUGCUUCUUGCCAACCCUUUUCCUUGGUCUCAAGUCUCUUCCAAUCAUCAGACGGACACGGCCUAUUGCGGCAGCCAGGGCCUCUUCAACCCCCCAAGUCAGAACGGAGGCUUUCAGAGGAACUAUAUGUACGAUGUUGGGAACGCAUGGUCUUCGUACGAGCAAGAAACCCUGCGCCAGAGAUCGAUGUUUGCGACUCCGUCCAUGACCAUAGACAACACCUUUUCCCCAGUUCAUACUCCGGGGCAAUCUCAACCAUACACACCCUCCUACUCGCCUGUCACUCCAAACUCUGUCGGCAACUUCAGCGACCCGAACACGCCACAAACAAUGCACCAACCCCCUGGAGUGCUUGAUGGCAUGGGUGGUGUCGGGUUUCCUUCUCAAACCUCUCUCAUGAUGGGUGCUGGGAAUUUGAACCACGCCAACUCGUCGGCGUUAUUUGUCGAUGACUUGCAUAAUGUAGCCCCCGGGUCGUGGUCCGAUGCCAACGAAAACCACUCUGAUUUGUCACCUGGAUACAGUAACUAUCGUACGACAAUCUUUACUCUUGAUGCGGAUCACUCUUCAAUAAGCACUUCCCCGUCCAUGGUCCAAUCCGUAAGCCACAGAGGCAGUGCUGCAUCGAUAAACAGCAUCUGGAGAGAUGACCCUUCUCCAAUAUCCUCUGCACCAAGUCCUCUGUCCUACAACCGCUCCACCCCCCACAAUGGCUCUCCUUCCAACAGCGCCUAUGAUCUUAGUGCUCAUACUUACCGAGAACUAGACAUCCCGGGCGGUGGCGCUCGUCAUGUCUAUUCCAACCGACACCUGAAGCGGGGACCGUCGGAAACUUUGGACGCUUCGCAAAACGCGCAUCAAAACAAGAAGCGCAAUGGAAAUCAAAGAGCCUGUCUGGCCUGCUAUCUUGCUCACAAAAGAUGUCAUGACCCUUGCGACAAGUGUGAACAGGCCGACGGCUCUUUCCCGGUCUGUGUCGGUUCGAUCAUCCGCGGAAAGAACAUCUUCCUGGACUGCCUGGCCCUGAACGAAGCGGACAUGAAGUUGGCCAAAGAUAUAAUUAACCGUCGUGAUCGCAACGGGUGUUCACCAACCAAACUAUUCAACGAAUUUGUUCAUCGAGACGUUGAUCUGAAACUGAUGAUGGAGGUGCUGUCGGACCAUAAGGUGGGAAACUCGGGCGCCUACACGUCCUUCUUUGAGAGCCACAACAUGAAGAACCACCAGAUCUUCUCGCCCUUUUACCAGGUCAACAUUGCGCUGCAGGGCCGCAAGCUGCUCGCAAACGAUCCGCGGGUCAACUUCGUCGAGAGCGACCUGCUCAUUCUGCGUGCCGUGUGCGCCUCCCGGUUGCUUGCCUUUAUCGAGAACGGGUUGGAGAAAAACAAGAAGCAGUUAAAAUGGACCAAGCAGAAGGCGCGCGACCUGAUCGUCUUUCUGGCCAUAUCCUUGGAACAGGUGCUGUUUUUCCACACGACCAUGGAUGGUCCAAUGGCUGAGUCGUUGGUCCGCAAGCGCAACGACCUCGUCUACCACCUGGCCUAUCUGCUGCGGCACAUGGCCAAGGCUACCUUUCCCAAUGGCAAUCUCUUCUCGGAAGUCCACAUUGGCCCCGACAACAGCGUCUUCCUGAAGAAGGAGUUUUGGUCUCACCUCAACGUGCUUUACUUUGAGGCCUCAGUCAAGGACCUCCCUCCAAGUAUUCAGAACAACGCUGGACCAGAGAUGCCCAGCAUUCAGGUCACCCACGUCGGAGGUGGCUCAACCAAACCGGCCUCCAGGACCGGGAAGCGCCCCGUCUGCGAAGAAUACGACGACGCCCGAGACCAUCCAGAUGCAUGCAAUCUGCUGGAGGCGCGCAUAAGCACAGACGAUAACUCGGUUGACAAACUAGCUGCCACGUUGGAAGCUACCUGCAUAUCCUCCCCUCUCCCGCAGAGACCGUUACCGACUGAGUUUCACGUCGGUCAACUCAUUGACAACAUUUGGCACUGGGGCAUGCCCGAUUCCUUUGGAAGUGACAGCACAAGCCUCCGCACAGACGGAAUUGUCUAUGACAGCCUUGGUGUGCAGACUUUGCCAGCCCGUUCCAGCAGCCCCCAAGGCGCGGCCAUGGACCUACCCAGUGGCUCUGGUAGCAGCAAUGACGUGGGCUUGUCCAGUCCUCUUGACGUGACUGAUGGCUUUGGAUAUUUAAACUUUGACGAAUCAGACAUCAGCAUGUCUUUUGGCCUCUCUGACAACACCGGAGUGGAAUGCCCAAACAUCACUGCCGGUGUCUCCGAAAUUCCUUACACACCCACUUUCUCUGGGGUUUCUGUUGUUUGUCCAGAAACUCGGCAAAUCAGAAGCACCAGUGUUAGCAGUGCAUACGGAACGGCAAUGAAUAACUCUGUUAGCCCGGUCUUUGAUAAUCCGCAGCAAAGUGGUAUUCGUCGCCGGUAUACAAGUGGGAAGGAGAAGUUUCGCAAAUUUUUCGGAAAAUAG